ACCGAACACCGAACACUAGCCGAACACCCCAUGAGUACCCCACCAGCAGCGGACCAGGAUGGAGGGUCCUCCACGCCGGUGGUUGCAGUAGAACCAGUUUCAGACACAGAGUCAGCAGAGCGUUCGAAGAAAAACGAGCGGGCUGCGAAGGUGGAGAGGGUCAAGAUGGAGCCGAAGCUGCCCAAGCCCCCGAAUGCCUCACAGCCGGUGUGGAAGCAUUUCAGGGUGUAUCGGAACCCAUGCCAUUCGGGCAUCGCGAUCUGUCAGUUGUGCGUGGCAAACGGCGACUUUCACUGUGCAGAGACCAAGUUCAAGGGAGGGUCGCCUACCAAUCUCCUGGCCCAUCUGGACACCUCCAAGGUUGGACACAGGGACGCACACACCGCGAUCAAGCACGCGAAGGCAAAAGGCUCCGGCUCCGCUGCAGCACCAACAGGACAAGCAGCGAUCACCAACUUCCUCCCGAAGGAGGAGGGGGGGGCGAUCUGGCACGACGAGUUGGUUCGUCUCAUCGUCAACAACUACCUCUCUCUGUCGUUUGUCGAGUACUCGGAACUCAAGGCGAUGGUCUCGGCACUCAACAAAAGAGCCAAGGUUCCCAGUCGGCGCGAGCUUCUUUCGAGGAUGCGCGCUGUGAAAACGGCCCUCAUGCUGGAUGCCGAGUUCGUAGCAAUCACCACGGACGGCUGGACAUCUCGGAACAACGAGUCCUACAUGUCGCUGACCGUGGCCUACAUCGACUACGAGUGGAAGUUGCACCAUCUUUCUUUGGACUGCGCGAAGCACACGGGGACAACCACGGGUGAGGACUUGGCGGCGUUGGUGGCGGGAAUGAUUGAACGCCACGACCUAACCGGUCGGGUGAUUGCAUGCGUCACCGAUUGCGAGCCGUCUAUGAUCAAGGCGGGUCGCCUGCUUGAGGUGGACGGGGGUACGAUUUCGCACAUCGGCUGCUCGAACCACCGCAUGGAGUCAACGACGUCAUCGGUCUUCAACGGCAGGAGUCUUGGCGCCUUGGGCCUUGCGCGAACGCUAGUAGGACGCUACAAAAAGUCGAGUCAGAUGGCGGCUCGCCUCGUCCAAUUGUGCGGCAUCCUCCAGAUGGAACCGCUGUCCGUGAUGCAAGACGUCGAGACGAGGUGGUGGUCGACAUGGGCGAUGGUCGUGCGUCUGCUCUACCUGAUGAAGGCCAUCAAGCUUCAUGAGUCGAUGGACGAAGUCCACCCGCUGUUGUCGGACACGGACUGGGAGGUGCUGCGGCUGAUCGAACCAAUCCUGCGACCGUUCAUGAAGGCGCAGAAAGACCUGGAGGGGGCCCAGUACGUGACGGGUAGCAUGACCAUCGGGAAAAUGGCGGAGUUGCGAGAAGGGCUUGAGGCCGCAAUCACAGACCUCAAGGCCGUUGCGCAACAGGGGCUCAAAGAGACUACGCAGAAGGCGAUGGAAGCCGUUCGUCCGGAUGCGGAAGCCCUGAUGGCGGAUUUCACCAACCGUUGGGGCGACGGCUCCAACAUACUCGAGUACAGGGAGGGCAAGCGUCGCCAACCGCAGGGGUUCAAGCGGAAGCAGGUGUACGCAACGGCCCUCGACCCGCGGGCCAAGCACCUCUACGGGAUACAGCAGCGAGAGCACGCAGGCGUAUGGCGCGCUGUCGCUAGCGCCGCGGUGGACAUUGCUCUGGGGAAGCACGCUGGCGAUAAGGCACCCGCCUCCGCGGAGAAACCUGCUUCCGAUCCCGUCCAGACGCAGCCGGCCCCACUUGGAGGGGGACAGGGAGCCUCGAAGCGCCCUCGCAUGAGCGCGUUCGAGGCCGCCGCUGCUGCCCACGCUGCAGAUGCAGGGGACAGCAAUGCCGGCGAUUCCGCGGAUGGGAAACGCGAGCAACUGGUGGCCAUCGUGGAGAUGGAGGUCUCUGCCUUCAAGGCCGCACCCGGGAUACGGGUUCGGGACAUGCAGAAAACCAACACGGGAGACAAGAAGGUCUUCAACAAUCCCCUGGACUGGUGGCGCAAGAAGCAAUUGGAGUACCCUCUGCUCGCGGCGCUGGCUCGUCGUGUGCUUGCCAUUCCGUCAUCUCAAGCGCAAUCCGAGCGCAUGUUUUCUACGGCAGGGCUAACCGUGACGCCCACGCGGAGUCGCCUUUUAGACGAAAACGUCGAGCUCCUCGUGUACUUGCGCAACGUGUGGGGUGUAGUGGAUGAGUGGAAGAAGAGUGCUACUCGCAAAAAGAAGAUGUCAUCUGUUUCGAUGCUCUAACCAGCACGUCGUCGUGAUUGUCGUGGAUUUUCCGCUUUUUUUUUGUGUGGAGCAGGUCACGUGUGGACGGUUGGUUUUUACCCACCGCAACGUCGAGAAGUUAUCUAGAUCUAGAUCUCGCAUUUUCGAAGUACGGUAGUACGGCCGACCGGAUGUCUGCGUCUGAAAUUGUUGCUGGCCGGGCGGGUGGUGGGCUUUGGGCUUGGGUUGAGAAGAACUUAGGCUGUGUUGUAGAAACAUGACAAGAUUCAGAGAGAGAGGGAGGACGAGGGAGGUGGGAACGUGUUUUGGAAGCAGCUUCGUGAAGACGUUCAAACGUGGUCGUGUUGUACCACCCAACCAAAGCUUCGAAAGAGAACUGACUAAUCAUCUGUCAUUU